CGUACCGUACACGUGCGCGGUACGGUUGCCAUACAUGUAACAGCAACAAGAUAGAUAUCAAGACGGUCGAGGCGGUACCGUAGUAUUUGUGCCGUACUGUAUGGACAUGGAUUAUCAUUGCUAUUUUCAUUAUUGACCUAGCAGAAUACCUUUACAAUCGCCACCCUUCGAGACCAUGGCACACCCUCUUUCCGAGGCACAAAGUAGUGCCAUUCGCAUCGUUCCUCGCGUGUUGGCGGGCCUGUCGGUAUUGGGAUCGGGUAGCAUUUUGGUGUCAGUGUUGAGCCGUAUAGUGAAUUGGCCGUGCUGUCGUCGAGAUCGGAACGAUUGCAACAGCAACAAGAAGAAUGCCAUUGUGGGUCAAACAUUACUGCUGGGGAUGAGUGUGGCUGAUUUCUUGAGCUCGUCAAUAUAUGUGAUUGGCGAUGUCAUGUUCCCUGUAGAAAACGGAGGCAAGGGGAAUCAAGCGACCUGCAAUGCCCAAGGUUUCUUUUGCAAUUUCCAAGUCGCUGCCGCCCUCUACAGCGGCUUUUUGGCCUGGUAUUACUGCCUCUUGAUUCGUUAUCGCUGGACACCGGCUCGGAUUGGCGGUGUCUUUGAACCCUGCGCACAUGUGUGUUCGUGGCUCUUUGUCGUGGUCACAGGCAGUACCGCCAUUUCCAUGGGUCUCUACAAUCCACAUUGGGUACGAUGUUACAUUGCCGGUCCCAACUCCAAUGUCUACUUUUGGACCUUUUUCUAUGUUCCCAUUUGGGCCAGCAUGUUGUUGGGCUCUAUAGCCAUGUUGCUCAUUUAUGCCAAAGUCCGCAAGACAGAGGAAAAGUCGGUCCGACAUACCUUUCGACAACAAUCUAUGAAAUAUUUGCAACAGUCUAAGCUGAGCUUGAAGGCAGUGGAACAAGGCGGAGCUGACUCCACAAACGAUGCUCCCAGUACCGACACAUUACCUCCCAGUACAUGCAACGUCACUCUGGGUCUACCACCACUCCAACAAUCAGCUACCCUGUCCGAUUUACCCAUUACUCGACGGGUCGCCUAUCAAGGCAUCUGCUACACUGCCGCGUUUAUUGUCAUGUACGUUUUCCCCACUACCAGCCGUACAUGGUCCUCCGUCCGCAACGAACCACCGCCCUAUCCCAUUCGACUGCUCGCCGUCACAUUUGUGGGAUCACAAGGAUUCUUCAAUUGGCUGGUGUAUUAUGUACAACCCCGGGUCUACGAUUGGAUCGAACAACGCAAGAACCGUCAAGACAGUAGCAACAACAACGACAACAAGAGCCGUCGAGCUUCCUUUUGCCGAAACAUGAAUCGAUUGUCCAGCGAUGGCGGGGUCACUACCUCGACAGGCAGCCAACCAGUGCAACAACAGCAUGAAGAAGUAAAACAAGAGCAACAACAACCUACACUGCAAUCACCAGCACAACCAGAAAUGCACGGAGAAGAACAACAAAAGGAGGAGCAGUCUACACUGCAAACACCAACAAAGCCUGAGAUUCAACUAGGCGAUAGUGAGGAGUUCUAUCAGUAGUCAGAAGUUGCAACACAACAUGCAAAGAGUACGGCUGUGUGAACUGACACGGUGAAGUGCUUUUUUCACGUACCUUCGUGAUGAAUCACAACGCUUGCAUGGUAUUGACAUGCACAAAGAAAUCAUCUGGCUGAGGUUGUCACGCAUCGCUUCCCAAGUUGCAUGCGUCUUGACGUUCCAUUCCGCCUCCAACAGGUAGUUUUGAUUCUGAUGCCAGGAGCUCAGAAUGAAUUCAAUCGUAAAUUGGGGCACCUAUCAUGAGCUGCUCAACUUGAUAAAGCACAAAGUCCAACGAUAGAGCACAAAGUCCAAACGACCAUCCGCAAGUGGAGAGAGCUUUUUCACGAAAAACCUCAUUGGACGCUUCAAACAUCAGCUCUCUUGCUAGUCUUGGUAGCACAAGUACUAGUAUCUCUCUUUCCUCGGGUGAUGCAUCCGGGGAUGGCCUUGAAGAAGAAACAAAGAGAUUGAGCUUCCCUUUUUGCCAGGAAUGAACAGUUACACGCAAGUCCUGAACAUCUGGAGUUGUGGCAAACUAGAUACAGCCAGUUGCACUGGCAUCUUCGGGUCUUGCGCAGCGAGGAGAAGGUAGUUUGGUAGGCAGCUCUAAGAUCCUCCGGUGCAAUGUGUAGCCCAAUCCGAAGCGGCUCAGUGAAGAGGAGUUCCCAUGUGAUAGUGGGACAUGUGCAUUUGCUGCCCUUGGUUUGGUGUGUUAUUCAAUGGGCAACGUGAAGAUGGCUGUCCCUGGGAUGGAUGGAUCUACAAUUGGCUUCGCCAUGUCACACCACAGGGAUACUUGGCAACAUGCGCUUGUGAGAAUGGCUGCGAGCAGAGCCCAUCACUGGCGGAGAGAUUGAAUCAGUGAUCCAUUCUUGGUAACAGCACAACCUGUACUAAUAAUUACCUAGCUAGCUGCCUUUGGCUUCAGACGAUAAAUACCAGAUAUCUUUCCUCUUAAUUAAGCUGCGAUGGCAUCAUCA